AUGGCUAGUUUAAGUGUUAAGUAGUCCUCUCUCUCUCUGUGUUAAAGUUUUAAUGUCUUUAUAUUUUUCUAAAUAGGCCAACAGGAAACACAGAUAUUCAAAUUCAAUAAAUAUGCAAAUUAGAAACGCACCGAAAGAUUUUAUGAAUAUGCAAAUUGGGAACACACGGAAAUUCAGAAUGUGAAUAUAUGCAAAUUCGAAACGCUCAGAAAGCCAGAUCGUAUGAAUAUGCAAAUCUGAAACGCCCAGGGAAUCAAAAUUAUUUAAUUAUAUACACAGUGGACACGCCCAGAAGAUUUGGAUUCUCUAAAAAAUUAUGCAAGUUGGAAACGCCCAGCAAUUCAGAUUAUGUGAAUAUGCAGAUGCCCUGAUAGUAAAAUUCUAAGAAUAUGCAAAUACGAAACGCACAGAAAUUCCGAAUUUGAAAAGACCCGAAAAUUUGAAUUUUAUAAAUAUGCAAAUUGUUUCUGUGAACGCCCGGAAGUUCGUAUUUUUUUUGUAAUAUGCAAAUCUGGGAACACCUAGAAGUCUGGGUUCUAUAGGAAACACCCAGAAAUAUAGAUUAUAUGCAUAUGCAAAUAAGAUACACCUAGAAGUUUAGAUCCCUAUGAAUAUGCAAAUUGGAAACGAUUCUACAGACUCCACCCCUUCUCCUGGAGCUGCUGAGAGUGGUAAGAGCACACUGGUUAAACAGAUGAAGAUCAUUCACAGCAACGGGUUCACCAGACAGGAGCUGAGCAGCUUUAAGCCGGCCGUGUUGGACAACCUGCUGACGUCGAUGAAGUUUGUGCUGCACGGGAUGGGCGUGCUCCGAAUCAACCUGGCCAACAGCAAGAACAAGGUCCAUGCCCACUCUGUUCUGUCGUGUGGGCGGUGCUUCGAUGAAGAGCAGGUGAUCUUCCCAUUCAUAAGCCAUGCCCUUUCCUGCCUGUGGGCGGAUCAGGGGGUGCGGUCUGCGGCAGCGCGAGGCUAUGAGUACGAACUCAACGACUCAGCGCUCUAUUUUUUUGAAAACAUGGCCCGGAUCGUGUCGCCGGACUACGUGCCCACAGAGACGGACGUGCUGCGGGUCAGAAUCCGGACCACGGGCGUCAUCGAGACCCAGUUUAAAGUCAAACACCUGGUGUUCAGGUUGUAUGACGUCGGAGGCCAGCGGACGGAGAGGAGGAAGUGGAUCAGCUGUUUCGAGGACGUCAGGGCCGUGCUGUUCGUCGUCGCGCUGAGCGGCUACGACAUGACGCUGGUGGAGGAUCCUUCCAUGAACCGACUGCAGGAGAGCCUCAGACUGUUUUCCUCCAUCUGCAACAACGUCUUCUUCAGGAGCACCUCCAUGAUUUUAUUCAUGAACAAAAUCGAUCUUUUCCAAGAGAAGAUCCUGCACUCGGGUCGUCACCUCAGACACUACCUGCCGCUCUACAGAGGUGCUGACUGCGAUGUGGAUUCUGCCGCCCGCUUCAUCGCCUCCACGUUUGUCUCUCAGAACACCACGCCCAGGAAGCUGAUCUAUCACCACUUUACUACGGCGACAGACACCUCCAACGUUCAGGUGGUGUUCCAGGUGGUGAUGGACACCAUCAUGAAGGAGAACCUGGAGGCCGUUUCACUGCUCUGAGCCCCCGAUUUAACCCCCGCACAGGCAUCUCAUCUCCGCACCAUGUGAAUCCUGCAGAGCUGCACACACACACUGCUGACGGCUCACGGUGACCAGAACCUCACCGUGAUGUUCUGAGCUGUCCGAGGUGCUGAACCUCAACACACUCCUCAGCUCGGAAACGAACACUGGCAUGCUUGUGCGUGUGUGAGAGGGAGAAGGGAUGGAAAGAAACCCGUUGAGAGAGAGAAAGGUAAAGAAGUUAUAGACGAGAGAAGAUGACUGAGGUGUAGAAAGAGUGUACAGGAGGAAAGAGAGAGAGAGAGAUGAAGUGAGGCUGAGGGGAUGGAUGUAGAAAGAAUGAGACAUCGAGAGAUAUUGAGAUACUGAGGGAGAAAGAUGGAUAAGGAGAGACAGACUGGGAGCGAGACAGUAAAGAUGGUGAGAGAGUGAGAGCAAUGGAUCUGGUGGAACAUGAUGGAGACUGAGAGAGUUAGAGACAGAAUGAUGGACAUGAAGAAAGCGAUAGAUAGAUAAAUGUAUUAAGAUGGAGAGAGAGAUACGGGGAUAUAGAUAUGAAAUGGGGGGGGUAAAUGUAUCUCUCCGUCUGAAGGAACCCUUCAAAACAAACAAACAAGGAAGUUAAAAACAUUACCUAUUGAAGAGGAGCUUAAAGGAUGCAGGAAGGAAGGGAAAGCGAGCAGGCAGAUACCGAGAGAGAGAGGGAGAGAGGGACAGAGAGGUGGAGAGAGAGAGAGAGAUAAUAUUUAGACGUACAUACGGGUGACACAUUAAAGGGAAAAGUGCUGUCUGUUAUGUAGAAAGGUCAUUUAUGGAAUUUUCAGUUCACACGGUUCUGAUGGGCGUGGUCUCUUCAGGAUGACUCCGCCCCCACCCACAGGACAGAAGGACUCACCGAAGCCUAUGACGAUGAUGUAAAUCAUACGAACGCUUAUGGGAGACACCAAACGAGGGAAGAGCUUUCAGAAGAACGUUCCACAGACCGGCUAAAAGUUUUGGCACCCCGAUCAUAUAAGGCUGUUCUUCUCUCUCUCUCUCUCUCUCUCUCUCUCCCUCUCCCCAUUUCAUUCGGGCUAUCUUCGAAUAAUAAUGAAGACAUUUAUACUGUGACAUAGAACGUACGGAAUCACUCAGUGACUGUGUAAAAAAAAAAAACCCAACUAUUUCAAUUUUUACAAAUAUCUUCAGUUCUUAGCGGUGCUCCUCGUGAAGCCACACACUCCCUCUCGCCACCGUCUCCACCAGCUCCAUGACGGAUCUCCAGCGCGGAGGUUCUCUUCAAGUUGCCAGAAGAGCAGAAAUCCCACCCACACCGCUAAGUUUCUAAAGUGCUGAUUACUUUCCAGUAGCAGCAGCUCAUGUACAGGGACUCGUACGGCAGACUAAUGUAACGGUUUCUUAAAAAAAACAAAAAAAAACAAAGAAGAAGUUUAUUUAACAUGAACAUUGAUGGAAGGAGUCUCCAGUGCCAGUGCCUGGUAAAAGCUGUAAUCUUUUACGGCGGUAAAAAAUUUAUCGAGUUGACGGUGUGUGAGAGAGAGAGAAUGUGUACACACACACACAGUGUGUCCUUUUCUGGUCCGUUUGCUCAUGCAUGUGUACGUACAGGAGUGUGUUUUCUCUUCCUGUUAAUAUUUACCAGAGAAAGCUGGAGGGAACGUUGUUUUUUACAACACACUUCAGUGCACACACACACACACACACACACAGUAUGUGUUUAUUAAGUUGUGCAGCAAUAAUCAGUUUAAUUGUAUUCUUGUUAUUAGGGGGCCAAGCACCAAAGGUGAGUAGGCACCCUGUUGGAAUUCUGUUUUUUCUUUUUUUUUACUUUGGACAUCUCAUGGUGCCGUUUUUGUUGAGAAAUGAAGCUGUGAAGUGCUAGCCCGUGUGUGUGUUUUAAAAAAAAAAAAAAUUGGUUUUGCAAAAGUGUGUGUGUGUCGGUGUGACACACACCCACAAACACACUCAACUUAGUGUGCCUUACAUAAUAUUUUGUGUAAACAGUCGUCUUUGGUUCGGGACGUGAACGAUCAGCAGACGAUGUAGUAGGAUUUAUUUGUACGAAUGAUCUGUCCUUGCGCUUUCGAAGUAAAAAGUGUCCACGA